AUGGCCGAGUCGUCCUUCAAGCAGAAGACGAUGAAGAGGAAGAACGUCAAGGGUCUCGCCCUCAGCGCUCCUGCCCCCAAACCCGCUCCUUCCGCCGGUGAUGCCCAAAUACCCGGCGCCCGAGCCAACGACGAGAAGCAGGAUACCCUGGAGAUUGGUGUUGAGUUCCAGCUGGACCUAAAGGCCGAGGACCUGAUAGUGCUGCGCGAAUUGGGUCACGGAAAUGGAGGAACAGUCAGCAAGGUGCAGCAUGCUGCUACCAAGGUCAUCAUGGCGCGGAAGGUUAUCCACGUCGAGGCCAAGAACGAAGUCCGAAAACGAAUCGUGCGAGAACUCCGAAUCAUGCACGACUGCAACUCACCCUACAUUGUCGACUUCUAUGGCGCCUUCCAAAAUCCUUCCGGCGAUGUCAUCAUGUGCAUGGAGUACAUGGACGUGGGGUCACUCGACUGGGUCUCACGAUCAUUCGGACCCGUCCGUGUCGACGUUCUCGGAAAGAUUUCAGAAGCCGUGCUCGGCGGCCUCGCCUACCUUUACAGCGCCCACCGUAUCAUGCAUCGCGACCUCAAACCCUCGAACAUCCUCGUCAACUCAAAAGGAAACAUCAAGCUUUGUGACUUUGGUGUCUCAAGUGAACUCGAGGGGUCUAUUGCCGAGACUUUCGUAGGAACAGGCACAUACAUGGCGCCGGAGCGGAUACAAGGUUCUCCCUACACCGUCAAAUCGGAUGUAUGGAGUGUUGGCCUGACACUUAUGGAGUUGGCCAUUGGCAAGUUUCCAUUCUCUGGAAGCGCGGAUGAUGACGAAGCUGGAGGCCCUCAAGGUAUUCUGGAUCUCUUGCAGCAAAUCGUGUUGGAACCUUCCCCCAAGCUACCAAAGAGCGAUGCCUUCCCAUCCAUUCUGGAGGACAUGAUUGCGAAGUGUUUGAUGAAGGAUCCAGCGGAGCGACCAACUCCCAAGGAGCUAUACGACCACGAUGCCUUCCUCCAAGCCGCAAAGCGCACUCCUGUCAACCUCGAAGCAUGGGCCAUAUCCAUGAUCGAGCACAACAAGCGCAAAUCUCAUCUCGCCCCCACCGCUCCUGCAGCGGACAUCAAAGAGAAGCUCCGCGAGCGAUCUCCUCCCCACAAGCGUGAAUCCAGCGACCCCAGGCAAAGAGUAGCCAAUGGCGACCCCGAACCAGCACCACGACGACCUUCAUACCCCACACGGACAUCGAGCAGUUCCAAUGUCAUGAACCUACCUAUGCGACCUGCGCCAUCUGUGGACGGUCCGGGUAGCAGACCGGGUAGUCGAGGUCCAUCAGCCAACGGCUUACCACCUCAGCCGAGGAGGUGGAACAGCGAAUCCACAUUUGUAUACGGCUUCUACAACGCGUUCCUUCAUCCGCUCCGCCACUACCCUGGUCCUCUGCUCUGGAGAGCCUUCCGCAUCCCUCAUGUCGUCUCAACACACCGCGGCGAGAUCCACAAACGACUCACUGAAUUCCACACCAAGUAUGGACCCGUCGUGCGUGUGGCUCCUAACGAGCUCUCGUAUGCCAGCAGCCGUGCGUUGAAAGAGAUCUACGUCACUCGCCCUGGUCAUCUACCCUUCGAGCGUAACCGCACUUCAUUCAAGAAGCAGGCCCCAACAGAUCCAAACUCCAUCGUGAACUGGCAUGAAGGCGACCAUGCAAGAUACAAACGAGCCUUCGCCAAUGGCUUCUCGGAGAAGAUCCUGAAAGAACAGGCACCAAUCAUUGAGAGCUACGUUGACCUUUUCAUGACACAGCUCAAGAAAAGAAAGACCAUCGAUCUUGAAAAGUGGCUAAACUAUCUGACCUUUGACAUAUCCGGCGACUUCACAUAUGGCGAGUCCUGGAACUGUGUUGCGAACGGCAAAGCGCAUGCCUGGGUCGACAUUUCCCAAGACUUCGGUAAAGGGCUUGCUUUGAUCCAAUCGACCAACAUGUAUCCACCCGUCGAUAAGCUGCUCCGCUACAUCAUUCCCAAGCGCAUUCUGAAAAGGAGCAUGGAACACCGGAAGAUGAGCUUUGAACAAGCUCGGAAGAGGAUAGCGAUGGAUACGGAGCGUCCGGAUUGGGUGACGCCCACCAAGAAGUACAGCGACCUUAAAGACCCCUUUACAGGCCCUGAGUGGGGCAUAAACCUGCUCGUACUCGCCUUUGCCGGGAGUGAGACAUCAGCUAGUGCCAUGACUGCUAUCAUCAGAUCCCUGGUACAGCACAGGGGUGUGCUGCACCGACUCACCGCGGAUAUCAGGGAGACUUUCCAGAAAGAGAGCGAUAUCACAGUGGCAACAACAGGUAACCUGACGUACCUCAACGCAGUCAUUUCAGAAGGCAUGCGCCUCAAUCCUCCCGUCGUCAUCGGAGUCCCCCGUAUCGCACCUGCAGGCGGCGACAUGGUGUGCGACAAAUGGGUUCCUGAAGGAACCUACGUAGCCUUCAACCAAUUCUCCGCCUACCGCCAAUCCUACAACUUCCGCAACCCAAACUCUUUCAUGCCGGAAAGGUUUCUGGACCCAAAGUCGUUUCACGAAGACGACAUGGACGUCUUUCACCCUUUCCUCGUGGGCAGACACAAGUGCGAUAAGAAGCCCCUGGAGGUCAUUCUGGAUCAUGUUAAUAAGUAG